AUACACUUCUUAUAAGUGUAUCCACCCCAUCUUUGUCCUUCUCUUUUCCUUCCGUGAACCUUCUAUAACCCUUUAAUUAGUCUCCCUUCUCCCUCCGCCACCUUGAUUCUUGUUCUGUGUUCUUUCUCUAUCUCUCACUUCAGCUUGAGUCUUUGUCAACAUCUACAAUCUGUUGCUACUUGGGUUGGACAUCUACACCAAAUCACUUACUUACACACUUACAUACUCGACGAUAUUCAGCAACCUACCGAAGCCACUUGUCUCAUGCUCUUAGACUUUACGAAACGGAUCGAUCAGACUUGCGAAUAGUUCAGAGACACCAUUUUCACCAAAAGUUGAACAUAAUUUUACCAGGGGACACCCAUUGAACAACAAGACGAAACCUCCCGGGAGGAUCACAUCUAGAAAACAUGGCGAGGAGUCGUCAAAUGACUGCGGCCAACCGCGAGGCCGCUGGCCGCAAUGAGAGACCGCUUCCCCCGUUCCCUGCAAAGCAGAUGUUUGUUCUAGCCUGCUGCAGAAUAUGCGAACCGAUCGCCUUCAUGUCCAUCUUCCCCUACAUCUACUACAUGAUCCAAGAUUUCAACAUUACCGAUGAUUCCAACAAGAUUUCAGUUUACGCCGGCAUGGUCACCUCCGCUUUCACAUUGGCCGAAUUCUCGACAGGAGUUCUUUGGGGACGUCUUAGCGACAAGAUUGGCCGAAAGCCAGUGCUUCUCUUUGGUCUGCUGGGAACUGCCCUGAGUGUCUUGGUUUUUGGUUUCGCCCCCAGUUUGCCAGUCGCACUCUUUGCGCGCGCUCUCGGAGGUCUCCUCAAUGGCAACAUUGGCGUCCUUCAGACAACUGUCGCCGAGCUUGUUACUGUCAAGGAACAUCAACCCCGAGCCUAUACUAUCAUGCCCAUGGUGUGGUGCAUUGGAUCGAUCGUUGGGCCUAUGAUUGGAGGAGCUCUCGCACGACCAUGCAUCAGCUACCCCGAGAUCUUCGCUCGUGGAACCAUCUGGGACCGAUAUCCCUACCUCCUCCCUAACCUUUUCAGCGCCGCCACUGUUUUCUUCGGAGUCAUCAUUGGGCUUCUCUUCCUGGAUGAGACCCAUGCUGAGAAGAAGUCCCAGCGAGACCGUGGACGUGAGAUUGGAGAUUACCUCGCCAGCUGGUUCGGUGGAGUUGCUAGCUGCAACGGACGAGGCCGCUCUCCCGAGAAGCAGGCUCUUCUUGACGGAAAGCAAAACGUCCAGUAUCUGUCGACCAGCGUUCGCCCUGGCUCUGCCCACUCUGACGAGGCCCUGCCCGCUUACCGAAGCCAAGAGAAUUCGCCCCGACUUGCUCCUCAGCCUGACACACAAUCCCUGAACGAAGCCCCCUUGGAACCCAUUGUGGUGCGAAAGUCCAAGACUUUCACCAAGCCUGUCAUUAUGAAUAUCAUCUCUUAUGGCAUUCUCGCCUUCCACACUAUGACUUUUGACCAGCUUUUCCCUGUUUUCCUGAGCACCAAGCGGCCUGAACACCCUGUUCACGACCUCCCUUUCAAGUUUACCGAUGGAUUCGGCCUCGAGACUAAGAUGAUCGGUGUCAUCAUGUCGGUUCAGGGACUUUACUCACUCUUCUCCAACUAUCUCAUCGUUCCUCCAGUUACUCGACGACUUGGAUCUCUCCGCCUCUUCCGAAUCCUCGCAUUCUCGUACUUUGCGCUCUACCUGGUCACACCCUAUCUUGUGCUGCUCCCCGAAUCUAUGAGAAUGCCGGCUAUCUACCCUCCUUGUCAUCUGGAAGUGCACCUUCUCCACCAUGGGCAUACCCCAGCAACGCCAUUCUGCUGGCCAACUCGGCACCAUCUAAGCAGGUCCUUGGGACUAUCAACGGAAUUGCAGCCUCAACUGCCAGCUUGUGCCGUGCUCUGGGCCCAACCCUGUCUGGUCUCCUUUACUCUUGGGGUCUUCAGACUGGAUACUCUGGACUGGCUUGGUGGUUCAGCGGACUUAUCACCAUUGUUGGAGCAUAUCUCAGCUCCCAAAUUACCGAGGGCGGACCUCAGGACGAUGUGCUGCCUGAGGAGGAUCCUCUCUUGGAUGAGGGCCUUUUCACCGACUACGACGAGGAGGAGAGCGUUUAAGGAAACAAUCAGCAUGAAGCAACAACAGCAACAUACGGCUUGGGUUUUCACCGGAGUUUGAAUGUUUCGAGCAAUCGAAGAAUCGAAACAAUCUGGCGUCAUUUCUUUUAGGGACGAAUUGUAUAAAGGGCAUGCGAGGCCCAUGUGGAAAAAUACCCCCUUUUUUUCUUCCAACACAGCGAUCAGGCAUGGGACAGGCGUUUUACAACAAGAGGGAAAAAAGAAGAUGGAUGAACUUAGGAACUCAUUUCACGAAACAUAGACUAUGGAUUCAUUCGAGGGACGAAGGAUUCAACGACAAUGUAGAAGGAUGAUUGAUAUUUUGGGAAGGGAAACAUUUUUGUAAUGGAUUUUGCUACACGGCGGAUGGCACCAGCCCAUGCCGUAUCGUCAACGACAGGACCCCGGAGGUUUAGAAGGCGUUUGUUCGGUAUGGGGGAUUUUGGUGGCCUCGCAGAUGUCGGUAGCGUUUGCUUUCAGACUUUUAAGAGUUUGUGCUCUUCAGUUCAGGCUACCUCACGGGGCGGAACUGGCGGUGUAAGAAAGGAUGGAUAGUGUCAGUGGCAGUAAUUUCAAGACUGCCGGUCUCAUUGAACAAAGAUACAUGCAUGCAACUACAUUCUGCGCGGUGCCUGAGUGACAUGGAGAUACAUAGACAGAGACGCAGAGACAGAGA